AUGGAGGAAGCUAUCCCUUCCUCAUUGAGUGCCCAGCCAUCCUCAUCGGGUUCUCUCGGUCCGGAAGGCACUGGUAAAGCGACCCAUAAGGGCCGAUCUACCUCCAAAACUACUAAACAAGCAGAUAAACAGGCUACCAGGAGACACCAAGCCUUGGAAAAAGAGUUUUCCAGAGCGCAAAAGAGAGCCAGGAUGGAGACAUCUGAGUCCACGGGCUUAGUCCUCGACUUACCCCUCGGGGCGGUAGACCAUGCUCUGGAUGCCAGAGCGAGGGCCACUAGGCCACUUCCAACUCCUAUCCCACAGCCAGAAGAUGAGAUUCAAUAUAAUCCAUCAUCUCCAUCUGGGUCUUGUGUUUCUGAGGAUUCAUACCUCAUUCAUCCCCCUCUUGAACAGGAGAUCCAGUUGUCAGAGGAGGAAGAGAUCCCUCAAGAGGUUCCCUCGUUCGCUGGCUUAUUUAACCCUGCUUUCUUUGUUUCCAUACUGCGCAAGGCCACAUCCAUGGCUCACCUGGGACAGGGUUCGUCAGCAGCAGAGGAUCCCGCUCCGCCAGAUGCGGAGGCGGCCCCAGUUUACGUAGAAACUGUUGCGACACAACACCGUAUCCCCUGUCCUUCCUUGUUCCUGAAUGCUAUCAAGAAGCAGUGGUCAUCUCCGGCUUCGCUUCCCUUACCAGGUACUAUGGACAAGAAACUCUAUAAUGUGGCCAAGGAGCUGGAGGAGGCUCUGGAGGUACCGCAGGUGGACGAACCAUUAGGACCCCUGGUAUCGGCUACUGCCAUAACCGGCGAAUUUUCAGAGGCCCUUAAGGCUGAGGAUCGCAAGUGCGAAUCCACUUAUAAGAGGACACACCAGGCGGCCGCCUGGGUGAUCAAGACCGCUACCUCUGCCUCUUUCUUCAGCAGGGCCGCCCUCACCUGGCUUCGGGAACUCCAAGCCCGGAUCCCAGUGGAGGAUGUCCGUACGCACCUGGAUCUCAGUAAGAUGGUGGCAGCUACCGAGUAUGUGUCGGACGCAUCCUUACAGGCCGCCAGGUUUUCUUCCAGAGCUAUGGCGUCCAACAUAACUGGGCGCCGCAUGCUCUGGCUGAAACAUUGGCAAGCUGACGCUAAGUCCAAAUGGAAAUUGGCAGCUGCUCCUUAUCAGGGUUCCAAGUUAUUUGGGGAUUCUCUGAAUCCCUAUUUAACGGAAAACAAGGAUAAACGCAAGGUCCUUAAAGACUUGCUAAAACGGCAAAAUAAAAGAUGGUCUCUUUUUAUACUGACAGGGUGGAAUCAGGUACGAUUUUCAAAGAUAGAAAAAUACAGAAAGUCAGAAAAGUCUGAUAGGCUCCUGGAGAAAAUGCACUACUUUGUCAUUUUCUUCUUCGUCCGAUUGGGCAAUUAUUCAGAAAAGGACAGCAUCAUCAGUGGGGUGCAGAUUAAUCACUUGCAAUUUUGGGCAUUCUAUAAUUAUGAUGCCCGGGGUCCAGAUGAGCUGUCACUACAAAUAGGAGACACUAUGCACAUACUGGAAACACAUGAAGGUUGGUACAGAGGUUAUACUUUGAGGAAAAAAUCAAAAAAAGGAAUCUUUCCUGCUUCCUAUAUACAACUUAAAGAAGCAAUAGUUGAAGGAAAAGGACAACAUGAAACUGUUAUACCAAGUGAACUACCACUUAUUCAGGAGGUUACCACUACACUACGGGAAUGGUCCAUAAUAUGGCGACAGCUUUAUAUUCAAGACAACAGAGAAAUGUUUCGUAAUGUAAGACAUAUGAUAUAUGAUCUUAUUGAAUGGCGAUCACAAAUACUGUCUGGAACACUUCCCCAAGAUGAGCUUAAAGAGCUAAAGAAGAAAGUUACAGCAAAGAUUGAUUAUGGAAACAGAAUUCUAGAUUUGGAUCUUGUUGUAAGGGAUGAAGAUGGUAACAUAUUAGAUCCAGAUCAAACCAGCACAAUUAGCCUAUUCAGAGCUCAUGAAACAACUUCCAAGCAAGUAGAAGAAAGACUGCUGGAAGAAAAAUCUCAAAAGCAGAAUCUUGACAUUAGUAGAGAAGCAAAAUUUGCUGCAACACCUUCAUUUGCAUUAUUUGUAAAUCUGAAAAAUGUUGUUUGCAAAAUUGGAGAAGAUGCUGAAGUCCUUAUGUCUUUGUAUGAUCCUUUGGAAUCCAAGUUUAUAAGUGAGAAUUAUCUGGUGAGAUGGUCAAGUUCUGGUCUACCUAAAGACAUAGAUAAAUUACAUAAUCUUCGAGCGGUCUUUACGGACCUUGGCAGCAGUAAAGACCGGAAGAGAGAGAAGAUCAGUUUUGUGUGUCAGAUUGUACGAGUUGGCAGAAUGGAACAAAGAGAGAACAACACAAGGAAACUAACUUCUGGGCUACGGCGACCUUUUGGUGUAGCAGUGAUGGAUAUAACUGACAUAAUUAAUGGGAAAGUAGAUGAUGAAGACAAGCAGCACUUCAUUCCAUUUCAACCGCUAGCAUUGGAUAACACCAUUCGACACAAGCAGUUGAACAUAUCAUCCCGUUUUUCACCCAGGGUGGCAGGGGAGAAUGAUUUCCUUCAGACUGUAAUAAACAAAGUGAUUGCUGCUAAAGAAGUUAAUCAUAAGGGUCAAGGUCUGUGGGUGACCCUGAAACUUCUUCCAGGAGACAUACAUCAGAUACGAAAAGAAUUUCCUCACUUAGUUGAUAGAACCACAGCUGUGGCACGGAAAAUGGGCUUUCCAGAAAUUAUUAUGCCUGGUGAUGUCCGUAAUGAUAUUUAUGUAACAUUAGUUCAAGGAGAUUUUGACAAAGGCAGCAAAACUACAGCAAAGAAUGUAGAAGUUACAGUGUCUGUUUAUGAUGAAGAUGGGAAAAAAUUAGAGAAUGUGAUAUUUCCUGGGGCCGGAGAUGAAGCUCUUUCAGAAUAUAAAUCUGUUAUAUAUUACCAAGUAAAGCAACCCCGUUGGUUUGAAACUAUAAAGGUUGCAAUCCCCAUUGAAGAUGUAAACCGCAGUCACCUAAGGUUUACGUUCCGGCACAGAUCAUCACAGGAUUCCAAAGAUAAAUCUGAGAAAAUAUUUGCUCUGGCAUUUGUUAAAUUAAUGCGAUAUGAUGGAACAACUCUACGAGAUGGAGAACAUGAUCUUAUAGUAUAUAAGGCAGAAGCAAAGAAGCUGGAAGAUUUUUCAACAUAUUUAAGCUUGCCCUCUACUAAACUGGAAUUGGAAGAAAAAGGUCACUCCAUGGCUGGCAAGGGCAUGCAAAAUCUUGGAAGCUGUACCAUCAGUAAAGACUCAUUCCAGAUCUCUACUCUUGUCUGUUCAACAAAACUAACCCAAAAUGUGGACUUACUGGGGCUUUUGAAGUGGCGAUCCAACACAAAUAUACUGCAACAGAAUUUAAGGCAACUGAUGAAAGUUGAUGGAGGUGAAGUUGUUAAAUUCCUUCAAGAUACAUUGGAUGCAUUGUUUAACAUUAUGAUGGAGAAUUCAGAAAGUGAGACAUUUGACACAUUGGUGUUCGAUGCUUUGGUUUUUAUCAUUGGACUAAUUGCUGACCGGAAGUUCCAGCAUUUCAAUCCUGUUUUAGAAACCUACAUUAAGAAACACUUCAGUGCUACUUUGGCUUACACAAAACUGACAAAAGUUUUAAGGACUUAUGUGGAUAAUGCUGGUGUCACUGAUCAACUGUUCAAGGCUAUGAGAUCUUUGGAAUAUAUCUUCAAAUUUAUUGUGCGAUCAAGAGUUUUGUUCAACCAAUUGUAUGAGAAUAAAGGGGAAGCUGACUUUAGGGAAUCUUUGCUUCAACUCUUUAAGUCUAUUAACGAAAUGAUGAAUAGUGCCUCUGACCAGACUGUUACAGUAAAGGGAGCUGCUCUUAAAUACUUACCAACUAUUGUGAAUGAUGUAAAGCUUGUUUUUGAUCCCAAAGAACUUAGCAAACUAUUUACAGAUUUUAUACUGAAUGUUCCAAUGGGUCGUCUUACAAUUCAGAAGCUGUACUGCUUGAUUGAAAUAGUUCACAGUGAUCUUUUCACACAACAUGACUGUAGGGAGAUUCUGAUGCCAAUGAUGACGGAUCAACUCAAGUAUCAUUUGGAAAGGCAAGAAGACCUGGAUGCCUGUUGCCGAUUGCUCAGUAAUAUUCUUGAAGUUCUUUAUAGGAAAGAUGUGGGACCAACACAACGACAUGUGCAAAUAAUUAUGGAAAAGCUAUUGAGGACAGUAAAUAGAACCGUCAUAUCAAUGGGGCGUGACUCAGAACUUAUAGUUUGUGAUGAAGUCAUCGCAUGAACUAGAGUCAUAAUAACCCAGCAAACAAACAGAAUCACCAUGUUUUAUAUAACUAUUUUUAAAUUUUAAAGGAAAAACAUGCUACCUGACUCAUCAUUUAAUGCAGUGUCAAUUGCAUCAUAUGCUGCUUUCAAUCAUUUGUUCAAAAACUACUUUCAAAUGAUGUGGCAAAAUUUCAUUAGUUUUAUUAGUUAUUAGUCCAAAUCAUCUGGGUAUGUUCUACUUCACUGGUGAUGUCACAUGCAGUGAUGUAAACUGUGUUUAAUGGAUUAGAUAUUAACCAACUGCACUCUUAACUGACUGAACAG